UUUUCUAUAUGCACAUAAGAGAAAAUUGCUGGUUGUAUUGUUCAGUGCAUCGUACACAGUGUUUUUAGUGAGUGGGCAGCUGUAAAUUGCGUUUGCGUGAUAGACACGUUACGUUUUUACUACUAAAAUUUUACUAAUGUAAACUUUAUGAAUGUAAACUUGAAUAUUAAUUACGUUCAUAUAUAGAAAUUCUCCUUAUCGCGUGUGCACGCUUUUUUCUGGGUAAAAUUUUACUUUUCCCAUGCGCAUUAAUUGUGUUUUUUUCUCUCUCGUUCAUGAAACUCAUUUUUCUUUGGUGUUAAAAUAAUACAACACACUGUGAAAUAUCCAAUAAUUUUUAGUGUCAAUUGGUGUUAAGUGAGAGAACCGUGUAUAUACGUUUCGGUGCGUUGUGAGAACAAUAUUUAUAUACGCUUUUCACUUGUGCUUCCGUUAUCAUUGUAUUGGUCUCUACUUAUUAAGGAAAAAAAAUAUCCAAGGAUAUCUUAACAGCAAAAUAACAAAAGAGGAGAAAAAAAAGUUUUAGCAGUUAAUAUUCUGCACCAUGCUUGUAUUUAUAUGUAUGCCUUAAGUUUCUCAACUGCUGCAAAAUGCCAGCAAAACAAAGGAAAAUAGCCAUUAUGGGUUAUAGAUCUGUAGGAAAAUCUUCACUUAGUAUACAGUUUGUCGAGGGACAGUUUGUGGACUCUUACGAUCCCACUAUUGAAAACACUUUUACAAAGACCACACGUGUCAAUAGUCAAGAUUAUGAAGUUAAACUGGUCGAUACAGCCGGUCAAGAUGAGUACAGUAUAUUUCCCACUCAGUACUCGAUGGACAUUCAUGGCUACGUUCUAGUAUAUAGUAUAACUAGUGCAAAAAGUUUCGAAGUUGUGCAAAUCAUUUAUGAUAAAUUACUAGAUAUUACAGGCAAAGUCCAUGUACCUAUCGUAUUGGUAGGAAACAAAACUGAUCUUUAUGUAGAUCGAAUGGUCACUACUGAACAAGGAAAACGCUUGGCCGAUUCGUGGCGUGCUGUAUUUCUCGAAACUAGUGCUAAACAAAAUGAGUCUGUUGCUGAUAUAUUUCACACAUUAUUGACAGAAAUUGAAAAAGCAGAUGGUAAUGUCCAAGAGACAAAAAAUUGCAUUAUUUCUUAAAUAAAGAAAAAAAAGAGAAAAAAAAUGCGUUUGUGAAUAAUUUAUUUCACAUAUUUAGAAAAUAUCGGAUAAAUUUUACGGAAAAGGGAACUACAAAAAAAUGUCCUUUUUUUACAAUUAAUUUUUAAUUUGAAAUAUUUUUUUUCUUUUGGAAGGUAUACAUUAUAUAUCAAAAAAACAAAAUAUGCAAAGAAUGAAAAAUUUAAUUUCUUAUUUUUAAAAGCAUCAAGCGAUAUAUCUUUUUACAAAGUGUAAUUUUUUUAAGUAUAGUUUUUUUAAUAUAAAGGUAAAAAUGGAUUAACGCAUAAAGGAAGAAGCAACACAAAAAAAAAUAAAUCUUAAAAUACAUUAUUGUUGAAUGAUCAUUUUUAAAACAGGACUUACUCGUUUGUAUAUUUUUAACAGAAGACAUUGAAAAAAAAAAAAUUUUUGCGUGACGCAUCAUUUUAAUAUUCUUUAUCACACGGUAUGCUGUAUGUACACUGAAUGCAAUUGAAAAAAAACUGUAAAUACGAAAAAAAGAUUCUGACGUCAAAUGAAAACGUUCAGGAUAUAUAAAAGAAUCAUAAAAUAAACAAAAAAGGUUUAAGUUGAAA